AUGGAAGACAACUUCGCUUCAGUUGUAGAGUCCUUGUCUGGUACACCAGCACCGGCUAUCCCGCUACUCACAGUCUCGCCUGCGGAUACAUCGUUGAAUACGCCAGAGACCAAAGUGCAGGAGACAAAAACAGAGGAGAAGAAGCCACCUAAGAAACGGAAGUCAUGGGGACAGGAGCUACCCAUUCCAAAGACCAACUUGCCUCCAAGAAAACGGGCCAAGACAGAAGAUGAAAAGGAACAGCGUCGCAUCGAGCGCGUUCUCCGAAACCGUGCGGCGGCACAGACGUCUCGCGAGCGCAAGAGACUUGAAAUGGAGAAGUUGGAGAACGAGAAGAUUCAGAUGGAACAGCAAAAUCAAUUCCUUCUCCAGCGUCUGUCACAGAUGGAAGCUGAGAACAAUCGAUUGAGCCAACAACUCGCCCAGUUGACUGCCGAGGUUCGAGGCUCUCGUAACAGCACUCCGAAGCCCGGUUCUCCUGCCACAGCAUCUCCAACUCUCACACCUACCUUGUUCAAGCAAGAGGGUGAUGAGCUUCCUCUUGAACGAAUUCCAUUUCCCACUCCCUCAAUCACUGAUUACUCGCCAACCCUAAAGCCUUCCAGUCUGGCUGAGUCCUCCGACGUGACACAACAUCCUGCAGCGGUGUUGUGCGACCUGCAGUGUCAGUUGGCGGACUCGAAGGACCUGGAAGUGCCCUCCCGCUCUUUGACCUCGGCUCUGGCGUGGAACAUGACGCUGCAAAUGACAUUGCAGCUCCUCUUUCUGACGAUGACUUCCACCGCCUAUUCAACGGUGAUUCAUCCACUGAGCCAGAUUCUUCGGUCAUUGAAGACGGGUUCUCCUUUGACAUUCUCGACUCAGGAGAUCUAUCAGCAUUUCCAUUUGAUUCUAUGGUUAAUUUCGACUCCGAGCCUGUCGCCCUCGAAGGCAUCGAGCCGGCCCACCAUCUUCCGAAUGAGACUUCUUACCAGACUUCUAGCUUGCAACCCAGCCUUGGCGCGUCCACUUCGCGAUGCGACGGGCAGGGCAUUGCAGCUGGCUGUUAGUGAGAAUGUCUCUCGGGGAACUUGGUCCGCCGGUGAUGACGCGGGCCGACUGCACUGGGAGUCGUUGUUGACCUUGGCUUGGGCGAUAGAUCGCUUUGAGCGAACGAGAGGUCAAAGACGAAUUCUCUUCGCGAAAUUAGAGCGAGGUGCGCGGCGUGAUACUUUGGGCAACCGCCACAGGAGUCCACGGAGUUCAUGGAGUUCAAAGCGAUUGAGCGAGACGUUGACGUCUCUGCUGAUGGGUAAGGACCGAUGA